AUGAAGCUCAGCACUCCCUCUCUCCUCUCAGCCCUCACAGCCACAGCCUCCGCCCACGGCGGCGUCCUCUCCUACAACAUCGCCGGAACAACCUACGCCGGCUUCGUUCCCUACAACAGCCCGACCGGCCAAUCAACCAUCCAGCGCGAAUGGGACUCCUACAACCCCAUCACCGACCCAACGCUGAGCACCAUGGCCUGCAACGCCGUCGGCACGGCCGCAAACCUCACCGCCACCGUCGCAGCAGGCUCCACCAUCAUCGCGUACUGGAACGACCCCUGGCCCCACACCAUAGGCCCCAUGGUAACCUGGAUGGCCUCCUGCGAUGGGGAUUGCAAGACCUUCACCCCGAGCGGAGACGUCUGGUUUAAAAUCGACCAAGCGGGUCUGCUUUCCGGGGAUCUUCCCACAGGCCUCUGGGGAUCCGGGAAAAUGGUUGCGCAGAACAGCACCUGGACCUCGAUCAUCCCCGCGAGUUUGAAGGCGGGGAACUAUCUCCUGCGCCACGAGACUAUCGCCAUGCAUACGAGCAAUGCCCCGCAAUGGUACCCGGAGUGCGCGCAGUUGGUCGUGACGGGCACUGGGACUGGGGUGCCGGGAGCGGCGUACCUGGCUGCUAUUCCGGGCGUUUAUCUGAUGAGUGAUCCGGAGGUUGAUAUUGAUGUUUAUAGUCAGCCGGGGGUUACGAAUUAUACGGUUCCGGGUCCGGCUGUUUGGACUGGGCUUGGAAUUAAGCAGGUAGGAGGGUAG